CACAACUGCAUGUGCAACCUGCCGCCCCACCAUAUCAUCCCUGUACAUGUAACGGUAUUCCAUCGGCAUCGAUAUUCCCAUAUUCCGUAUUCCGUACCUUGUCGAUUCAACCAAUGCGAAUGCGUGUAAGCUCCGAACCGCAAACCAACACAAUACGUUGAGCCCAUGAGCAUGCCAUCAUGGGGGACAGACUUACUCAAUUACAAGAUGCUGUUGACCAGCUAGCUCAGCAAUUCGUCGCAUGUAUUCACUACAUCAACCGACAUCACAACCUCGAGACGCUAGGUCCCAACGAUCAAAUCAGAGAUGUGAAGCAAGAGCCUGGCCAAGAAGAGGUGGAUCCUCACCCGGAGGACGUCUUCAAAGCCGCGCAGGUCGAGCUUGCCCAGGACCUCAUUACGAAAGAGCAACAGAUCGAACUCCUCAUCUCCCUACUCCCCGGCCUCGACAACAGCGAACAGGACCAAGAGCGCAAUAUUAAAGAGCUGGAGGAGGAGCUUAAGGCCGCUGAGGCGCAGCGACAGGAAGCUAUCAAGGAGAAGGAAGAUACAAUGGCGAAGUUGGACGCAGUCAUUCGCAGCAUCAGACGCCCGCACUAAUAAGGAGUGGAGUGGAGUGGUAGAAUAUUGAUACCCCGGUCAGGCGUUCAGGUUAUCGUUAUGAAUUUCUCGUAAUUUAUCAGUAAAGCCAAAGGGCUAUGGACUAGAGUAUAAC